AUGGCUAGAACCAGAAGUAUGGGAGGUGGUGGGUCCCCGGCCGCUCCUGCCGCCUCUGCCUCUUCUGCCGCCGGCAAAAACAUCGCCAAUCCUCAGCCAGAUUCACCUUUGACCACCCGAAAACUUCGCGCAUCCCUCAAUCUUGGCUCCCAAAUAUCCAAUACCUCAUUUCCUACUCGUGGCAGCCUUCGUUCCGGUCGCAACAGACUUCCUCUUGCAUCUUUAUACUCCUCUUCGCCCAAAGACCGUAUCAUUCAGGAGGCGAACUACGAAGCAGACGACUCGUGUCCAGCUUCUCCCGACAAAGGCCAGACGGAAGAACCUGAAGAUUCCGAGAAUCUCGAGACAACUCCCAGAGUCAAGGCGAAGAAACCCAGCCCGCGGGCAACUACCGAGAAAAUGUCGACCGCCACUCCUUCGGAAGCGAUUAUCGGCGGCACCACAGGCACCACAGACACGAUGACGGACGAUGGAGGUACACCAGUCAACGAUACUCCGAUUCCCCUCGAUCUCUCCAGUGCCCGCCGAGCCAAGACCCCCGAGGUGGACCUCACAGGUUCAUCGAGUGCCUCCUCAGCUCCCUCGACUCCUACUAAGCCGGCCUCCGAGCGCCGCCAGGCCAUCGCCAAAGGACCGAAACUCAUAUCUCACAAAGAGGCGUAUCAGCAGCUUCGCGAUCUUAUUGUUGCCCACAACGAGAAGGGAAUCGAGAUGAAGGAGACGUCGGCCCUAUUCAAAGACUUGACGCGCGAGGAGAACGCGACCCCGAUAAUCCUCGACGAAUGCGUUGCUGUCGCUAAUGCUCGACUUGUGCGAGCUAUUGACGAUGCCGAGGCAUUUGAAUCUGGUCAUCCGCCGAGAGUGAUGCCCUAUCCGGCCGAUAAGAUUCCCGAGCUUCUUGCCACUGUCGAGAAAGCCGAGGGCGAACGAGACGCGUUCGAUGCCGAGAAUCAGCGUUUGUUCACGCACAUUGCCACAUUGGAGGGGGAAAUCUACGCUCUCAAGGCCAAGGUAAAGAUUGCCAGAAAGGUCGAGCUUGAAGCCAGAAUACGAGACGGCAUGCCAACUCCCUCGGCGGCCUGUAACAAACCUAUUGCGCCUUCUGGAUCCGGACUGCCAUUCAUUCUCGGAACCCCGAUCGAUUCGACGCCUACAACUGUUGGACGGUUGGGAACACCUGGUCUGAAUAAAUCUCCCGCUAGCUCAGAGGCUAUCUUCCAGAAGUCAACUGCGCGGAACUCCAAAGCGGGCAUGCGGGCAUCGAGCUUGAAUAACCCUCAGACGCCCACUAGAAAGAGAAAGGCUCGACACUAA